UUUUCAGCUAUUACAUGCUGCGAUCAUUGCGUAUUCGUGUACCCCCACAAGUGGCACAACUAAUCACUGCCGCUCAAAUAGUACAGUUCUUGAUAACACAAGCAGUGAUGGCUUAUCUGGCCGUAUUGUGGUAUUCAGCGAAAGGCUCGACCAGAUACGACGUAACUCCGUAUGCAUUCGCGCUCGGAGUGUUCAUGGAAGUGACGUAUACCAUUUUGUGGUUCAGAUUCUAUUAUGUUUCGUACAUUGCGAACGGAGGCAAAAAGUACAAAGAGCAUCUGAAAGCUGAAAAGACGAUCAAAAGCAAUUGAUUAAUAACAAUUCAAACUCUCAUCUCAAUCUGAUAGUUCUCCUCUGUUCAUACUCAUUUCUUUCAAUAAGGAGUAACUUCUUAUUAACCGAAAUAUCUAGACAUUUGUCAAUUAAUAUCAAACAAAUAUCACUUAUGGUUAAUUUCACUUGUUAUUCUCAAAUCAUCAUGUAAUUUUGAAAUGUCGUCUCUCUUCUCAUGAUUACCUGGAAACCGUGAACUGAUUCAUCGAUACAUUUUGGAAUUCAUGAAAAUUGCUGUCAUUGAUUAAUGACUACUCAUAUUCAAUCAUUACCAGUGUCCUAUCAGAGAAUAUCACUGAAAAGCUCCACCGAUCUUUUCGAAUAAAUGAUUGAUGU